CGUGCGCAAUGACGCCAUGUCCCAGCGCUGGGGGUGCUGACUGUAAUAAGGCAGGAGAAACUUUAGGAGUCCUGCCUGCCCCCUGGCGUCCGGGCCGCUGGUCCUCAAGGCCUCAUCGGAGUUCAGUGAAGGUCACCGCAGCCUGCACGCCAGGGCCAGUGACUGGCCCUCCACGUGCCACGAGGGCUCUUGGAGGAAUUGCAGCCCUGGGCAGCUGCGCGGCUGCGGCAGCGUGUGGUGACGUCGCAGCCACUGAGGACUGCGCGUGCUCACGUCCUUCCGGCGGGCUGAAGGCAGCAGAGCCCUCAGGUGGAGGCCUGCACCGGGCCCCAUCCCCCACAGCCGCUCCACAGAGCCGCAUUGGGCGCUCCCAUAUCCAUGUACCUGGACGUCCUGUUCCCUGGAUGAGAAGAGGUCGUGUUCCGGAAACACCAGACCAUCUCAGAGAGAAGAGGGAGGAACCAGACACUGGUUUCAUCCGCUUCUUGAGAUUUGGUGGGCUGAGUUCCAUCCUACAGCAUGAAAAUAAAGGCCAUACUUUCAGUGUGGAGGAGAAAGCUAGAAGCAGGGUGAAACAAAGACACAGCCUAGCUGCCGUAUCUGCCCUGGACUCUAUCCUUGGCAGUUACUAGAAGGCUCAAUGAGAUUUCCUGUGGUUUAUGACCCAAGUUGACAACUGUGACUUCUUUGUGGCGUUCUGAUGGUUAUGUCAUAUAAGAAUCACCUUAUAUCAUUUGAGAAGCUGCUGACACAGAGCACCGGUUUGAUGGAUGACCUGAGCUGCUGUUAUUCCCU